CCUCAGCUCAGAGUGUGUCAGGGAGAGUGAAGACCGUACGUCGACUGAAGAUUUGGGCACCUCUCAGAAGUGCAUGGUAGAGCUAAAGAAGAGGCGGCAGCAGAGCCACGGGGCACCUGAGGUUGUGACAGGCUCACGUCAUCUUUUACCAUAGAGAUCACUGAGUUUAAGACUGCUACAAAGAUGUUUGAUAUCAAGGCUUGGGCUGAGUAUGUCGUGGAAUGGGCUGCAAAGGAUCCUUACGGCUUUCUUACAACAGUUAUUUUGGCCCUUACUCCAUUGUUUUUAGCAAGUGCAGUAUUGUCUUGGAAAUUGGCCAAAAUGAUUGAGGCUAAGGAAAAGGAGCAGAAAAAGAAACAAAAACGGCAAGAAAAUAUUGCAAAAGCUAAAAGACUGAAAAAAGAUUGAAGGAAUAAACUGAUUCUACAGCCAGAGGGAAAUCACUUGGAAAAUUAUGCAGCUUUGGAAGGACCUACUGAUGACUCUUUCCUGGAUUUUUUGACACUAUUAUAUAGUAAGUGAAGUUUGAGCAUGUGGAAGAUCAUCGUGUUCUGACCUCCUGUCUGUAGCAAUUUUUAGGCUUUGUAGAAGUCAUCGUAAAUAUGCAUUUAUUAUGUCUACAAUUUCUUCAUAAUUGCCUAGUCAUCCGCCAUAUUGUACCUUCUGUACUGACAUGAAAACAUUCAGCUGAUAAAAAUGACUUUAGAUUAUGAACAAUAUUCAAAGAAUGGCUUUAAAUGGGUUCCUGUUCUGGACAAAGGAAACUCGUGAAAAAUCAGAGCAGGUCUGAGGUGAAAGUAUGCUAUAACUAAAAACAGAGACAGUUUAUUAUAUCUCUAUCAUGUUUGCUUAUUUCUUCAAAUAGAAUAAUUUCUGGCUUUCGCAAAAUAAAUAUUAAUGAUUGAGUAUUUCUAUUUUUUUUUGCAUUUUUCUUUGAGAUACUAAAUAGUAAUUAUCAAACAUGAAAAGUAUUUUAAAUCUAAUUUUAUAGAAAUUUUCUUAUUAUCUUGACCAUAUAGAAUACCACCUACUGGAUAUAAUAAUUUUUGUACUUAAAAGCACUGCCAUUUUCUUAGAGACGACUUUGUUGGGUAGAGUAAUAUUAUGAAUUAGAGCUUUCAGGAAAGGGCUUGGGAUGUACCUCAGUGGUAGAGCUCUUGAUUUGCAUGUGUGAGGUCCUAGGUUAAAUCCCUAAGGUCCGAAAAUUUUUUAAAGAUAGAGCUUUCAAGAAAGAUGCCAACCAAGCCUUGUAUUACCUUGGAGUCAGUUUAUUCCUACUUGUGCUAGUUAUAGUAUUUAAAAUAUCUUAACAGAUUAUUGGAUAAUUUGCUGAUUGCAUAGUACCUCUUGUUUUUUAUACCAUUUAUUGAUAUAAUUCAUGUAGUGGUGAUGCCCUUUAUUUUUUAUCAAAUAGAUUCAUGGACUAUACAUUUAAAAAAUUUACAUUUAAAGAAUGCUUAAAGAGUAGCAGUUAAGUCAUUAAUUCAUAAGUGGCAAAGUUGGAAAUAUUUUGCUGUGCAGAAUCAAUACUUGGGUGAAAAGCUAAAUUAUGUCAAAGAAUAAAGAGCUAAAGGAUAUGUCCUUUAGUUAAGCAAUAUAACUUUUUGCUAUUAAACAUGGUUUUUAUAUAUGCAUGGUCUAAUUUUUCAUGUCAGUAUUUAAUAGUUUAUUAAUGUCUUCAGUUCUUGUAAUGAAUUUUAAAUCACAAAAGUUCGACAGUUUUAAUUUUAAAAUGAAACUAUAAAUAAAUUUGAUACUUUUUUUUUAAGUAUAA